AUGGCCUCCGUGUCGCCUGUGCCUUCUUCCUCCAGUUGCUCGCCAAGUGGCGAGCCGCACAGGAUAUUCAAGAAGCUCGAGCACCAAAAGCUGUCGAAACAAACCGAGCAAGUGGUCUGCAAUAUGCACGCCCAAGUGAGAUUGAUGCAACCGAGACUCUCCGUCGCUUCCGUGUUUUGUUCGGUUAGCCAGCUUACCGGCGUGAGCGAGCGUACUGUCGCACGGCUCAAGGCGGAUGUUUUAAAGGGUACCCUGAAGUCCUUGAAGCGUAAAAGGCCUCGUUUCACCGCUGAAUCACCAGCAAAAGUUACUGGAAAGACAAGAGUGCAGCGGUACGAUAGUUUUACCCUGUCUGCUCUUCGCCGGAAAGUACAUCAGUACUACAUUCGCAACAAGGCGCCAACGGCAGAAAAGAUCCUCAGCAAGGUAAUCGGUGACACCGACCUGGGGCUACCGAAGCAGCUGAGUGUCAGAACGAUGCGCAGGCUUCUGAAUAACAUUGGAUUUGAAUAUCAGAAGCGAAAAUGUAACUGUGCACUGCUAGAAAGGAACGACAUCAUCGUGUGGUGGCGGAAAUAUCUGCGGAUCAUUCGAGAAAUGCGAAAGGAGAAACGGGCUAUAUACUACCUUGAAGACACUUGGGUGAAUGCUGGGCACACCAAGGAAAAGGUGUGGGAGGACGCCACUGUGUCGUCACGUGAGGAUGCCUUCCGCAAGGGUCUCACAACUGGGCUUCGCGCACCGAGCGGCAAAGGUGGUCGGCUCAUUGUCCUCCAUGCUGGAAGUGAAAACAGCUUCGUAGAUGGGGCAUCUCUCGUUUUCCGGGCGAAAAAGAGUGUUACCAGUGACUACCACAGUGAAAUGGAUGGCCCACGCUUUGAGAGAUGGUUCAAAGAACAACUUUUACCAAACAUUGAGCCACGGAGCGUAAUUGUCAUGGACAAUGCUCCAUACCAUAGUGUUCAGCUCGAAAAGUUGCCCUCGAUGUCGUCGCGCAAGGCCGAGAUUCAGUCUUGGUUGACUGAAAAAAACAUCCCGUGGUCUAAUGACCAGUUGAAGCCCGAGCUCAUUCAGCUGGUUAACCAAAACAAGCACCGUUUUUCUGGAUACUGGAUUGAUGCCCUGGCCAAGGUUGCUGGUCAUGACAUUGUUCGGCUUCCUCCUCACCAUUGUGAAUUCAACCCUACUGAAAUGGUAUGGAGCCAGGUCAAGGGCUAUAUUGCAGCCAACAACAGGUCGUUCACUCUUGCUGGUGUCGAAAAACUUCUGGACGAAGCCAUUGCCUUUGUAACUCCAGAAAACUGGGCGCGCGACUGCGCUCAUGUGAUGUGUCUUGAAGAGGAGGCCUGGGAGCAGGAUGGUGCAAUCGAAAGCAUGCUUGACAGCAUCAUAAUUACUCUGGGAUCUGACUCCAGCAGCUGCAGUGACAGUAGUGACAGUGAAUUGAGUGGUAUAGAGGAACUCUGGUGA